AUGGAAAUUUUAGACCCAGAAACUGCCAAUUUAAAAUAUACAAUCGAUCAAAUGGCAGAAUGGGGAUUUAGAGUAGUUUAUGGACGGUGGUUAAUUGAUGGAUAUCCAAAAUGUUUACUUUUUGACAUUGGCUCUGCUGCUUGGAAAUUGGAUACUUGGAAACAUGAGCUUUGGGAAAGAUGUAAAAUUGGAGUUCCUUUCCUCGAUCGAGAGGCCAAUGACUGCAUAAUUUUUGGGUUUUUGGUGGCCAUAUUUCUAAAAACAUUUGUUGAUUCUUCACAAGAUUUCGAUCCUCACAUUGUUGCACACUUUCAUGAAUGGCAAUCGGGUAUUGGAUUAAUUAUGUGCAGAAUGUGGAAGCUCAAAAUAGCCACUUUACUCACUACCCACGCAACAUUGUUAGGCAGACAUUUGUGUGCUUCUGGAGCUGAUUUAUACAAUAAUUUGUCUAAUUUUGAUGUCGACGCAGAAGCUGGAAGGCUACAAAUUUAUCAUCGUUAUUGUUUAGAAAGGGCAGCUGUCAAUAUUGCUGAUGUAUUUACUACUGUUAGUGAAAUUACUGGAUUAGAAGCCGAAUAUUUGUUAAAACGAAAACCUGAUAUUCUCACUCCAAAUGGAUUAAAUGUUGUUAAAUUUGCUGCAUUACACGAAUUUCAAAAUUUACACGCUCAAAAUAAAGAGAAAAUUCAUGAUUUUAUUCGUGGACAUUUUUAUGGACAUAUGAAUUUUGAUUUGGAAAAAGUUCUCUACUUUUUCACUGCUGGACGAUAUGAAUUUAGCAAUAAAGGGGGAGAUUUCUUUAUUGAAGCAUUGGCUUCGUUAAAUCACAUGCUUCAGACAUCAACUGAAAAACGCGUUAGUGGAGUGACCGUUGUAGCUUUCAUCAUUUAUCCAGCAGCAGCUCACUCUUUUAAUGUUGAUACUUUGCGUGGACAGGCUGUGUGUAAACAAUUGCGUGAAACUAUAGUUAAAUUGAAGGAGAAUAUGGCUUCGAGGCUUUUUGAUUCCUGUUUGAGAGGACGAAUUCCAGACAUGGAAGAAUUAUUAUUGCCUGCGGAACGUGUACAAUUAAAACGUUGUAUUCUUUCUUCAAAGCGUGACACUCUUCCACCUAUUUGUACUCACAAUAUGGUUGAUGAUGUUUCUGAUCCAGUUUUGAAUGCAUUUAGACGUUGCCAACUUUUUAAUUAUGAUCAUGAUAGGGUUAAGGUUGUUUUCCACCCAGAAUUUCUCAGUUCUGUUUCGCCUCUUAUUGGGCUAGAUUAUGAAGAUUUUGUUCGUGGGUGUCAUUUGGGAGUGUUUCCUUCUUAUUAUGAACCGUGGGGAUAUACACCCGCCGAAUGUACUGUAAUGGGAGUACCAUCAGUAACAACAAAUUUAUCAGGAUUUGGUUCUUUCAUAGAAAAACAAAUUCCAGAUCAUGACAAUUAUGGUCUUUAUAUUGUUGACAGAAAAAAUAAAACUUCAAAUGAAUCUAUUCGACAAUUGUCACAAGUUUUGUUUAAUUAUUGGUAAGUUUAUAUUUUGUUGAAGAAUUGAAAAAUAUUUUGUGUAAGACCUGCGUAAUUUCCUUGCCAACUUACUAGUUAAAGCAAAAAUUAAAAAAAAACCCGUGAUCGAUUAACUGCCCUUUAUCUAAGAGCUCGGGUUAAAUCCUCCCUUUUGCUAUUUCUGGUUGUGGGUGUUGGAUUGACCGCUUUGUUUUUUCUCAAAGACAGGGGCCCUAAUAUGUUCGUCACAAUAUAUUAAUUUAUUUCCGCCUCAUUGUUAGUCUGUGUAGUUAAGUGGCUUUUGUUUAGUAUGACAUGGUUUGGAGGAAUUUUUUCUAUAACAUUUUGAUGGGCGAUGAUGAUUAAAAUGUCUGAGACGAGAAGCAAAUUCGAAAAAUAAAAAGGCUUCAAUGAACUCUAAUUCGUACUGUUUGAGCCCGCAAAAAUUGAAAAUUUUUUUAGAUUGCUCUUUUUAACCAGGGUUGGAGGGCAAGCAUCUCCUCUUUCUCUAAAUCCAAUUUUUGUAAAUUCGGCGAAAUUUGAGAAUGAUUGGCCAAAAAUAGUUAUCUCUCAUUUUUUAUUUAAAUGUUU